AUGGCGUAUGGCACAUGUAGUCUAGAAGACCUAGGAUCUGCGAUUUCGUCGAGCUCUCUUUAUCUUGUUGAGCUCGCCGGGGAACGGACCAUCCAGAGGCAAGCCGAGCCCUGCUGCAGACCUCACAUCAGUGAAUUCGCGAGUGAGAGACGUGAGCAGGUCUACCAUGGCGAUCUCGUCAUCUUGUCAAUCCUCAUAAGAGGAUGGAUGACGUCUUUCAUCCGAGUAGAAUACAUUACAGUAUCAGUACAACAUCAUGCGAGCUGGCAAAUGAUGGUCCAAGCCCUGUUUGAAAUACAAGUCGCUGCUGUAUUCAUACAGAAAGCGACUUUGUUAAUAUCCUACAUGUGUGAUCUUGGACAGUAUGAGAGAAAUGCGCCUGUGAGGCGUAAGGAGCAGGAAUCGACCGAGUCAGCUACUGCUUCUAGGUUUGAUGAGUAA